GCGGCGGGCGGCGCGGGGCGGUCCGGCGGGUUCAAAGAGGAAAACAUGGCGGAAAACAAAGGCGGCGGCGAGGCUGAGAGCGGCGGCGGGGGCAGCGGCAGCGCGCCGGUAACUGCCGCGGCCGCCGGGCCCGCGGCGCAGGAGGCGGAGCCGCCUCUCACCGCGGUGCUGGUGGAGGAGGAGGAGGAGGAAGGCGGCAGGGCCGGCGCUGAGGGCGGCGCGGCCGGGCCCGACGACGGGGGGGUGGCCGCGGCCUCCUCGGGCUCGGCCCAGGCUGCUUCAUCCCCUGCGGCCUCAGUGGGCCCUGGAGUUCCCGGGGGCGCAGUAUCGACGCCGGCUCCAGCUCCAGCCUCGGCUCCCGCUCCGGGUCCCUCGGCAGGGCCGCCUCCUGGACCGCCAGCCUCGCUCCUGGACACCUGCGCCGUGUGUCAGCAGAGCUUGCAGAGCCGGCGUGAGGCGGAGCCCAAGCUGCUGCCCUGUCUUCACUCCUUCUGCCUGCGCUGCCUGCCCGAGCCGGAGCGCCAGCUCAGCGUGCCCAUCCCGGGGGGCAGCAACGGCGACAUCCAGCAAGUUGGUGUAAUACGGUGCCCAGUAUGCCGCCAAGAAUGCAGACAGAUAGACCUUGUGGAUAAUUAUUUUGUGAAAGACACAUCUGAAGCUCCUAGCAGUUCUGAUGAAAAAUCAGAACAGGUAUGUACUAGUUGUGAAGACAAUGCAAGUGCAGUUGGCUUUUGUGUAGAAUGUGGAGAAUGGCUAUGUAAGACAUGUAUCGAAGCACAUCAAAGAGUAAAAUUUACUAAAGAUCACUUGAUCAGGAAGAAAGAAGAUGUCUCAGAGUCGGUCGGAGCAUCUGGUCAACGCCCUGUUUUCUGCCCUGUACACAAACAAGAACAGUUGAAACUUUUCUGUGAAACAUGUGAUAGAUUGACAUGUAGAGACUGUCAGCUAUUGGAACACAAAGAACAUAGGUAUCAAUUUUUGGAAGAAGCUUUUCAAAAUCAGAAGGGUGCAAUUGAGAAUCUACUGGCGAAACUUCUUGAGAAGAAGAAUUAUGUUCAUUUUGCAGCUACUCAGGUGCAGAAUAGGAUAAAAGAAGUAAAUGAGACUAACAAACGAGUAGAACAGGAAAUUAAAGUGGCCAUUUUCACCCUUAUCAAUGAAAUUAAUAAGAAAGGAAAAUCUCUCUUACAGCAGCUAGAGAAUGUUACAAAGGAAAGACAGAUGAAGUUACUACAGCAGCAGAAUGACAUCACAGGCCUUUCCCGGCAGGUGAAGCAUGUUAUGAACUUCACAAAUUGGGCGAUUGCAAGUGGCAGCAGCACAGCACUACUAUACAGCAAGCGACUGAUUACUUUCCAGUUGCGUCAUAUUUUGAAAGCACGGUGUGAUCCUGUCCCUGCUGCUAAUGGAGCAAUACGUUUCCAUUGUGAUCCCACCUUCUGGGCAAAGAAUGUAGUCAAUUUAGGUAAUCUAGUAAUAGAGAGUAAACCAGCUCCUGGUUAUACUCCUAAUGUUGUAGUUGGGCAAGUUCCUCCAGGGACAAACCACAUUAGUAAAACCCCUGGACAGAUUAACUUAGCACAGCUUCGACUCCAGCACAUGCAACAACAAGUAUAUGCACAGAAACAUCAGCAGUUGCAACAGAUGAGGAUGCAGCAACCACCAGCACCUGUACCAACUACAACAACAACAACACAACAGCAUCCUAGACAAGCAGCCCCUCAGAUGUUACAACAACAGCCUCCUCGAUUGAUCAGUGUGCAAACAAUGCAAAGAGGCAACAUGAACUGUGGAGCUUUUCAAGCCCAUCAGAUGAGACUGGCUCAGAAUGCUGCCAGAAUACCAGGGAUACCCAGGCACAGCGGCCCUCAAUAUUCCAUGAUGCAGCCACACCUCCAAAGACAACACUCAAACCCAGGGCAUGCUGGACCCUUUCCCGUAGUAUCGGUACACAACACCACAAUCAACCCAACGAGCCCUACUACAGCAACUAUGGCAAAUGCAAACCGAGGUCCCACCAGCCCAUCUGUUACAGCAAUAGAGCUAAUCCCCUCAGUUACCAAUCCAGAAAACCUUCCAUCGCUGCCAGAUAUUCCACCCAUACAGGCAAACGCUGUUCAGAUGAUGCACUCCUGGUGUGAGUUUGGAGCCAGAGAGAAGACCCAGGACCAAAAUGUGUUGGAAGAUGCUGGCUCAAGUAGUUUAGAUAAUCUACUAAGUAGAUACAUCUCAGGCAGUCACCUACCCCCACAGCCUACAAGCACCAUGAAUCCUUCUCCAGGUCCCUCUGCCCUUUCUCCGGGAUCAUCAGGUUUAUCCAAUUCUCACACACCUGUGAGACCCCCAAGUACUUCUAGUACUGGCAGUCGAGGCAGCUGUGGGUCAUCAGGAAGAACUGCUGAGAAGACAAGUCUUAGUUUCAAAUCUGAUCAGGUGAAGGUCAAGCAAGAACCUGGGACUGAAGAUGAAAUAUGUAGCUUUUCAGGAGGUGUAAAACAAGAAAAAACAGAGGAUGGCAGGAGGAGUGCUUGCAUGUUGAGCAGUCCUGAGAGUAGCUUGACACCACCUCUCUCAACCAACCUGCAUCUAGAAAGUGAGUUGGAUGCAUUGGCAAGCCUGGAAAACCAUGUGAAAACUGAACCUGCAGAUAUGAAUGAAAGCUGCAAACAGUCAGGGCUCAGCAGCCUUGUUAAUGGGAAGUCCCCAAUUCGAAGCCUCAUGCACAGGUCGGCAAGGAUUGGAGGAGAUGGCAGCAAUAAAGAUGAUGACCCAAAUGAAGACUGGUGUGCUGUCUGCCAAAAUGGAGGAGAUCUCUUGUGCUGCGAAAAAUGUCCAAAGGUCUUUCAUCUAACUUGUCAUGUUCCAACACUACUUAGCUUUCCAAGUGGGGACUGGAUAUGCACAUUUUGUAGAGAUAUUGGAAAGCCAGAAGUUGAAUAUGAUUGUGAUAAUUUGCAACAUAGUAAGAAGGGGAAAACUGCGCAGGGGUUAAGCCCCGUGGACCAAAGGAUUUUUACCAAUCUGGCCUGUAGUCUGAUUCCCAAAGACAGAAUCUCUUGCAUUGUCGUGCGGUCAUUAAAGUUUGGCUCUACUCUGGUGUAUAUACUGAAAUGUGAACGUCUUCUGCUUUACCUCUAUUGCCAUGAAUUAAGUAUUGAAUUCCAGGAGCCUGUUCCUGCUUCGAUACCAAACUACUAUAAAAUUAUAAAGAAACCAAUGGAUUUAUCCACCGUGAAAAAGAAGCUUCAGAAAAAACAUUCCCAACACUACCAAAUCCCAGAUGACUUUGUGGCUGAUGUCCGUUUGAUCUUCAAGAACUGUGAAAGGUUUAAUGAAAUGAUGAAAGUUGUUCAAGUUUAUGCAGACACACAAGAGAUUAAUUUGAAGGCUGAUUCAGAAGUAGCUCAGGCAGGGAAAGCAGUUGCAUUGUACUUUGAAGAUAAACUCACAGAGAUCUACUCAGACAGGACCUUCGCACCUUUGCCAGAGUUUGAGCAGGAAGAGGAUGAUGGUGAGGUAACUGAGGACUCUGAUGAAGACUUUAUACAGCCCCGCAGAAAACGCCUAAAGUCAGAUGAGAGACCAGUACAUAUAAAGUAAAAUGACAUGGAUUUAAAUCAAUUGUUUAAAAAAAAAAAAAAACGAAAAAAAAAACCCCGCAAAAAACCCAGAAAACUUUUAAGUGUUGCUGGAAUAUCCUGCCUACAGUGGGCACCUCCUUGAAGAAGCUGAUAGCUUUUACACAGUAUUAGAUUGAAAUAAUGGACAGAAACACAUUCUUGUCAAGAAAGGGGGAGAGAACUCUGUUUGCAACUUUAAAAGCAAAAAGCAAAAGUGAAAUGAUUUGAGGAUUUCUGUUCUAAUGAGGAUGAUUCUCUGAUUGUUAGAAAUGGCAAAUGUUGAUGAUUGUGUGCUAUUGAUUGGUGCAGGAUACUUGGUGUACGAGUAAAUACUUGAGACUCGUGUCACUUGAUAAAUUUUCUUUUUGGACUAGGUCGCACAGUUAUUAAAACAACUUUUAACCCUCCCCCUUCACACACAUACAUAUCAGGUUGUUUUCUAGUUAAAAACCCAAGUACAGAUUCUGCUUUAAUGUCAGUGCAGAUUUGCAUUGAAUCAUGCCAUUAUAUUUUUUCUCAUUUUUAUGCUGUUGGGUCUUAGUUUUUAAAUUGAUAUAAAAAACUCAGCAGUGGUUUUAUUUUCUACUCUACUUAGGGUUUAGGAAACACAACCACUAGUUAUCAUUUAAUCAACUUCAAUGGUCUACUGAAACAAAAAUGGUAACUUUUCAUUAGUGGAUUAUUUAGAGUUACAGUAGUCGUUUCCAGAAAACACUUCCUCACAAUUAUACUUCCCAAUCAAAUCAUGUGAUCAUACAGUUAUUCCCAUGAAAGGCAGAAUGUUUGUUUCAAAAUUAAUCUAGUUUUCUGUACAUUUAAAUUUGAGAAGGUGACAACUGGCUCUUUUCCAGUCUUCCUUCAUGUCAGUUUUCUGAUAGACCACUAUUGGCAAACAGUAUCUGUCAACUACCAAAUGUGUAAAAUUUUCUGUAUUUCACUUUGUCUUAUUUGUAAAUAGUGAACUAAAACUUUUGGCAGAUCAGCAACAUUUGCUGAGCCUGUUUUUUAAGCUAAUGUGUAUUCUUACUAAUGUUCCUAUCAAGAAUGGAUUUGUAAUAUAUGCUGUCUAUUUCUAAUGUUCACAUUCAUAUUUUGAGGUUCUAUCUUAUUUUAAUAGAGAACAGACUUCUCAAAAAAUCUUCAGAAGCAGCUUAUUAUUGAAAUAUCGAAAUAUUGAAAUAAACCCGGUGGGGUUAGAUUACUCAUCUGUCCACCAAGUGGGACAUUUGCAUGGACUGGGGGCUUAAAGGACUUAGAAGAGACCUGUAAGUAAAUCCUGAAAAUGAGCCAAUCCCCACUUGAAUGGUUACUGGAGUAAACCCACCUUUACCACCCCAAUUACAGCACCCGAGGCCGAUAAACCAACUUGGCUCUGGUUCAUUUUUCUUUUCUUCAUUUGUGAUGCUCAGAUUCAAAAUGUGUGUUCUACACUGUUACAGGCUUCUCUUUUGUUUGGUUAAAGAUUUUAGUCCUACUUUUGUAUGGACACAUUAGAAUAUUCAGAGACCAAAAUAGAAGAAUAUGCCGUUAGAUAUUUUUCAGAAGUCAGCAGAUUUGUGGCAAAUCAUUUAUUUGCCUUUUUAAAAAUUCAGUUUAAGCAGUUCAGAGAGUAGACUACUCAGAAAAUUAUUUCACGUAAUUGUCUAAGAGGUCAAUAUUUUUUAGUGCAUAUUGAAUCAAAUAAAGUGCUCUAAAGAAAUUAUUAUACAAAUUCCUUUGGGUUGUUUUUCUUUUCUUAACAAGGGGUGGGGGUAAACAGGAAUAUGAUUUAGGCUUUCUGGUUGUGUAUUUAAGGAGUAUUGAUUUUAUUAUUGCUGUUGAUUUACUUUAUUCCUGGCUUCCUUUUCACUUUUCUUUCAAUUUUUUAAAAAUAAUUUAAGCCUUUGAAAAUAUACCAAACUGUUGAAACAUUUUACUCAAAUUUUAAAUUCCUAAAAAAGUUUUUUAAUAAGAGGGAGAAAAUUAUUUAAAAAUACUUAUGCUUAUGCCAAUUUCCCUCUUUUUUCACAAAAUCCAUGAUUUCAGUUUGUAAGUAGACAUAUAUCUAAGGGCACAUUUUUGGAAAGUGAGGAAUAGCAGCAGUAUAACUUCAUUUUGUCAGGCCUUUGAAUUUUAAUAUUUUGUAUUGCUCUUCAAAUGGAUCCUUUUAAAAAAAUUGUAGAUAAUGAGUCAUAAAUAGAUUCUGCCAGCUGAGGGGAGAAACACAUUUUAAGUAAAUAUUUUUCAGUAUUUGGGGCCUUAAAAAAUAAUUGUGUUCCCUUAAAAUUACAUGUUAGAUAGAGUUUUUGGGUUUUUUUUGGUUUUAAGAUUGGUUAAAGCAAUUUAAAAGCCACUUUUUUGUCAACAUUUAAUAGCCUCCACUUCUGUUAAGAUAAUUUAUACUGCUGAGGGAUUACUAUUAAUAGCUAUCAACAUGCCACCAUUAAAUUAAGGUAUUCACUUUAGAUUUUUUAUUAAAGCUUUUUUCUUGCACACUGAUCAUUGUGUUUCUAAGCUGAUUUUUUCAGCUCUAAUAUACCUAUGGUUAAAAAGUAUAAAAACUUAAAUUGAUAUUUAGAUAUAUGUUUUCCUAUUAGUUUAUGUUUUAAAAAGACAAAAUUGAAUAUCUGUCAGUCCCUGAAGGCAGUUUGUUUUUAUACUCUCUCACAUUUGUAUUUGUUGUUUAAAUGGCAGUAUUUUAGAAAAUUUGGAGAAAAGUCCACAUAAUAAUGUUUUCUUGAAAGCUUUUAAAGUUUUUGCUGUACUUCAAUUUACUUCUUCCUUCAGAAAACUAAGAACAAAGUGUUGCUCAGUCUGUUCUGCUGACCUAAAUUUGUGUUUUCAGCACUUGGCUCAGCCAAUUCACUGAGUGAAGGAAUUGCUUUAUAAGGCAAAGCAUGUGAAAGUUCUAAAGUAUGGUUAGAUUGUAGGUCGUGCUCUAUAUGGAAACAUCAAACCAUUACUACAGAGAAAUGAUAAGGCAUUGGAUCCACUAUUGAAAUUAUUAUUUUUAGAUCAACAAGUUGGUACUUUCUGACUUCUGUAUCUUAACAUAAGGGAUUUUAGGUAAUGCUAAGUCAGUUGUCUCAUUUUUUGUGAUAACAAGUUUUGGAAUUUUUAGUUAAUUGAAAUAAAUAAUGCUUUUAAAUAGAAGUAAAAGGUUUAUAAGUGUGCAAAUUGUAGAUUUAUCAAUUACCUCAGCAGGUAUCCUGCCAUGUAAUUAUUAGUGAUUAGUGUUAAUAAGAUAAUAGAUUCAGGUCUUCCAACUAUGCCCUUGGAUUGUGGCCUACUGUAUGUUAUUAAAUGGUCUCUUACUAUCCAAAAUGGGAGUAGAUGCUGUGGCCCCAUCUCCCUUGGCUUUUACGUCCCAUACCCACCCCCAUUCAUGUACAACAUGUGAAAUAUAAAAAUCUCAUUUCUUGUCAAAAUCAGCACUACUUAUUUGCAUACUCAGCAUCUGAUCAGUGAGUAGUUUUAUAAAAAAUCCACGCACCCAAUUCCCUUAGUUAAAACAGAUUCUUAAUUCAUACCAUGAAUUCUUAAUUUCUGUACCAUCUGUGUUAAUGAUCUGCUGAAGGUGACUCAAGAUUUUCAAGGUGUAAUACAGUUGGAUCAUGUACCGGACCUGGAUAUUUAGUUUUUUUUUCCUCACAGUUAAUCUCCUCCUUGAUAAAGCAAUAACACUGCUUUGAGUCUGUUGCCUAAUAGCAUGUCAGAAUCCUCUCCUGGAUGGUGAUUUUAUAGGAAAGUUUGUAUGCAUAUCACCCAGUCUAUCUUUUAAAAAUUAAGAAAUUUAAAUGUAUGCUGGAAGUAAUGACAAUAUAUUGUGGCAUUUUAUUUUAAAAAUUGGGGAAAGUUGCAUAUUUUUUUAAAAGUAAGUGUUUGAGUAAAAAAAUUGAAGGUACUUUUUUAAGGAAAAAAAUUUAUAUGCCACAGUUUACAUAGACAUUUCAGAUUCAACACGUACUCUUGAAUAUAAUGGUUUCUUUUACUUGAUCAAAAUGCAUGUAUAGCAUUUCUUUCAUCUUAGUUCCUUGUGUUUGCCUAUGUGGUCCUUUAUAUAUUUUUUGUUGUAUCGGAGAAACAAAACUAUCUUCAAAAAUAAGUUAAUUUGGAUAUAUUUGUCAUAUCAAACUACAAAAUGUACAAAGUUAAGUUUAGCCCUUUUCUAGAAAGUGAUCUUUAAAAUUAAAAACGCUCCUCUUUUAAAUUCACCAAAUUUACAUGUGUGGGAAGGCACCAAAAUGAUUUUGUAAGUGCCACUGCAAUAUUCCCUUUCAAGUGUGGCCUAAAUUUUAAUCUGAAGGAUGGAAUGCAUGUCUGCUCCUGGUUCUGAAAAAUGUAGGUAGGCAUCUACUACAUUUUAAAACACAGUGAAAUAUAUACAUAAGCCUAUAAAAAAAGAUUUGUGCAAUUUGAAAGCCUGUUAAUUUUUUAUGUAGACAUACCUACACACGAAAGGGUUAAAUUCACAGCCUUACUAGUUCCUUGCUUCCAGUAUUUCAAUGGUCUCCUCCCCUCAUUAUUAUUAUUACUACUAGUACUAUUAUUUUUGCACAUAGUUAACUGCCCUUCAAUAUGAUUCUUAAAAAGUGCUGUUUCUGUGGUAUCGUAUUCUCUAAAUAAUCAUAUUUAAUUUUUUAAAACAAGGUUGCAGUUUCUAAUUGUUUCGUUCCUGUGUUUUUGCUGGUGUGUAAUAAAAGCAAGUUUUUUCUUUUCAUGGUUAUUUAAUACAUUAGCUGCCUGUAAAUAAUUCUUGUUAUAAUGCUCUGGAAUGUGUUGUAGAAGUUGUAUUAGAUUAGUUUUAAACCCUUGUUUGAAAGCCACAUUGUUUUGGUUAUUUCUAUUAAAUUAGAAAAUUGAAAAAGUU